AUGGCUUCCAAAAAGUACAAGGUGGAACUUCCAGCCGAACUUCGUGACGAAGGUUAUCAAGAAAUCAAAGUUUCCUUGCUAAGCAAGGCUGGGGAUCCCAAUGCGGUGGACGUUGCCAUCAAUGGAUUUGUGGAUGCCUUGUUUAACGAUGACGAAUUAAAACCAAUCUUUGAAAAGUACAGCAAGCCACAUCUAAAGGCGCAUCAACAACGACUAUUUCUCAUGGCAAUUACGGAUUUGCCAGCUGAUUUUGAUUACAAGUCCUUCAUUAUGGAACGCCAUUACAAGUUGUUCGACAAGGGUGUCAACGAGAAACAUUUCGAUUUGAUGGUCAAGUAUUUGAAUGAGGCACUUGCAACACUAUCGGUUGAUCCAGAGAUAGCAGGAGGUAUCAAUGCCCAUUUGGCACCCUUUCGAGAUGUUUUUGAGACUACCAGUCCGGACGAUGUCAAGGGAUACUUGAAGAAGUCGAUUGGCAGUCUGCAUAUGAUUCGAAUUGCGCAGGCAAAGCGACAGAGAGAACAAGAGAUUGAAGAACACAAUCGACGUGCGUCCAUGGGCUCGACCUUCUCAGAGCAAACCGACAUGAAGAGUGAAGAGCUGGGUUAA